AUGACGAAACAUCCCAGUGGAAAAAUUUCACAGUGUGUAUUCGAGUUUAAUUACUACUUACUUGAUUCACUAAUAUACAACGAAAACUUUACACAAUAUACACCUUUUAUCUAAUAAUUUUCUUGUCUCACGAAAGUAUGUACUCAGUAAAAAAUGAUAUGCGAAAAUUUGUAAAGUUAUUAUUAAUCUAUAAAUACUUAACAAUUACACGUUCGUUUGGUACAUUUUUAAAAUUUUCUCGAGAAAGUCUCACUUUUUAUUCGUUAUCUGACUUCUCUGAAUGUAAUUCAUUGAAAUAUAAUACAUAAAAUAUAUUGAAAUUUCUAAAUUGAAUUUUAAAUAUAUUCGAUGCUGUACGAUCUAAAUCAAAUGUUUAAUAAAAUUUCGGCACAAAUUACUGCAAUGAAUUAUUGCUACGUACAAAUCAUUUGUUUUAUAAGUGCAGAGAAUUCGAGACGCUUGACAUACCAAAAUCAUGUUAAAAAUAUCCUCGCCUAUUUAGAAGUAAUCCAAUUCUAUUCACGCUAAACAGGACAUGUUGCCAAUGACCUAAUAAUCGAUUCUAAGACAAUAAAAAUUCUCGAAUUUUAUUCUUUAUUUUGUUUCUUUUUUUCUUUCUCUCUGUUCACUUGAAUAUAUGUACCAUAUGUUAUUACGACAGUAAAGCUAAUAUAAAUAAAUAUAAAUUAAAACGUAUCAUAACUAAGAACACUUUUAAUUUUAAAAAAAUAAUUGAAUUUUAUAAAUUUUAUAAAUAAAUUUUUUUGAAUUUUAAAUAAAUUUUAAAUAAAUAAUUGAAUUUUCGACAUUUACGUGAAGCUUGGCGCUUUUUCCCAACGACACUCGAUUAAAACAUAAUUAAUUAUUUACUAUUUAAAAUAUUCUGAAAUUCUUGUGAGAUCCGUGCCGUUCGAGAUCGAGACUGCUGUGACUUCAUCUGCUAGCCUAAUUUCUCUUGUCGAUGAUGCUACUCUGGGAUCAGCGUUUGUCCAUCACUUCGACACAAUGAUGGCCACUUCAAGCGUUCUCCCCUUAGAAUUGGGACUCUAUGCUACCUCACCUGUCGAAAGUCACGUUGCUAUAAAAAUUGCUAUAAACCUGGUGCAAACAUUACAAUAGACGAGCAACUUUUCCCAGCUAAAGCUAGGUGCAGGUUCACGCAAUAUUUACCGAAUAAACCCGACAAAAUCGGGAUUAAAUUUUGGCUGGCAACUGAUGUUGAAACAAAAUAUAUUGUAAAUGGGUUUCCUUACUUAGGAAAGAACGAAACACGAGCAACGUCGCAACCUCUGGGUGAAUUUUUUACAAGCUUGUCGCUGGCAUGUAAAUUAUUAG